GGUCACUUACUUAGCUGAUUUGAGAAUCGAACAAGAGAAACAAUCUCAUUCUUCUCGUCUGUUCGAUCUCUCUUCCUCCCCUUUUCGUUCUGACCUAAUUUCUUCGUCCCAAACACUUCACAAGUGGUAUCAGAGCUAGGCCUUGACGAAGCUUGCUGCUGCCAAGGUCUAAGAUCCAAUGGCUUCUAGCACGUUCGGACAAGCUGCUCUAAAUCAUCCUCCUAUCUUUACUGGGGCAAAUUAUACUGCCUGGAAAAAGAGGAUGAAGCAGUUCAUGUGGGGGGUAGACGAAGAGCUAUGGUUAAUAGUUCAGAACGGUCCGAUUCAAAUGGAUGCAGAUGAACAAAACCUGUGGUCGGUCGCGCAGAAGAAAAGUGCACAGCUCAAUCAAAGAGCCAUGCAUGUUCUUCAAUCCGCCAUGAAUCCCGAUGAAGCAGAUCAAGUCGAAAACUGUAAGACUGCUCAAGAAAUCUGGCUUGCUCUGGAAAGCACCUAUGAAGGUACGUCUAAUAUUAAAGAAUCGCGUAUAGAUGUUUUAAUGCAUGAAUUUGAAUCAUUUGCGAUGAUUGAAGGAGAAGGAAUACAUGAAAUGUACUCCAGAUUCACUGUGCUUAUCAACAAAUUAAAGGGCCUAGGAAAAUCAUUUCAUAUUAAGGAAUUGAAUCGGAAAAUUCUAAGAUCCUUGCCUAAAGAAUGGUUACCUAAAAGGACUGCUAUUGAGGAAGCUAAAAAUCUGAACACUCUGCCUACUAAUGAGCUGAUUGGAUCCUUAUUAAGUCAUGAACUUGUCAUUAGACAGGUAGGGCAGGAAGAUGAGAAACGUAAAAAGAAUUUAGCAUUUAAAUCUAAGGCUAGUGAGAGUGACUUUGAUAAAGAAUUUGCCCUUGUGAGUAAGAGAUUCCAUAGAAUGCUGAAAUACAAAAAUGAUCAAAAACGUUAUUCUGAGGAAUCAAAACCUAUGUCUUUUGAUCGUAACAAAACAACUUUUCAAGAAAGGCUGCCUCAACAGCAGACCAGAUAUGUUGAAACAGGUCAGCAGAACAGGGAAUCUCAGGCUUGUUAUAAGUGUGGGAAACUCGGUCACAUAAGGGCUAACUGUCCCUUGACUAUUCGUGCUAAAGAAAAAGCUAUGAAGGCUUCCUGGAGCGAUUACGAUUCAGAACCAGAAGUUAUCCAAUCUGAUGAAGAAGCAUACAUGGCCACUGAAAAAUGUCAUGAUGCAUCUGAGAUCGCACUCCACUCUUACUAUGACAGCAAAAGGUGGUACUUAGACAGUGGUUGUUCGCAUCACAUGUCUGUCAUUAGACAAGGAUGCUGUAACUUCUCCUACAAGAGAAGCACCUCAGGACAGAAUUGGAGAAACGUCCAUGAAUACUGAAGCACCUAAAGAACCUGAUCUGCAGGAAAGAUCAUCUGCUGCCCCUCCUCACAUACAGAAACGACACCCUGUUGAGCAAGUCAUUGGUGAGCUAAACGACAAACUCAGGACCAGAGGUAAGUACACUCCUGGCCAGUAUGCUUUUGUGUCUCAAAUUGAACCAAAAAACUACAAAGAAGCCUUAAAAGAUGAGAAAUGGACACUGGCCAUGCAAGAGGAGUUGACUCAAUUCUCAUACUUGCAUGUUUGGGAUUUAGUUCCUCGUCCCAUAAAUCAAACUAUCAUUGGUACCAAAUGGAUUUUUAGAAAUAAAUCAGAUGAAGAGGGCAUUAUUAUUCGUAAUAAAGCUCGUCUUGUAGCUCAGGGGUAUUGUCAAGAGGAAGGAAUAGACUAUGAUGAAACGU